AUGGAGCGCGAGGAGCAAGUCGAAGACCUCGUCAACGUCCAGCCCGAGGGUGCUCAGCAGCAGCCCGGCGGAGGCCAGGCCCACAACGCUGCUCCAGCCGAGCAAUCGACGACGGCGGCCAAGAAGCCUGUCGCCAAGAAGGCCAACAAGUCCCGCAAGGGCAAGGAGCCCGCCACGGCUCGCUCUUCUGCCGACGGUGGCCCCGAUGGCGAGGAUCCCGGUGAGCAGGAAGGCGAAGGAGACGGCGGUGACAACGGUGACGAUGGCGAGUACGGAGAAGAAGAGAACCACGAUGGCCUCGCCGAGGAGGAGCUGCCCGUCAAUCCCAUUGCCUCGCCGGUCCAGACCGCGAUCCUCUUCAACCUCAUGGCCAUUGCACGCAUGCUCACGCUCAUCAUCAAGCUGCUCUACGAGAUCCGCGACAACCCUACCCGGUCUCGCCCUGGCAGCCGUCGCGGCAGCGUCAGCAAGAAAGCCUCCGACGCCAAAUCCCCGAGCCGCACCACCAACGCCGGCGCGUCGGCCGCCGUGACUGACGACAACGUCCUCAACGCCAUCGCAGCCUUUGCCGAGGGCGGCCCGUUCUGGGACGCCGUCAAGCCUCUGUACGACGCCUGGGUUGCCGACGGUCACAAGAGCUACGUCACUCGCGCCAAACACGUGGCCCCUGUCGCCAAGGACUUCUUCAAGCACGUUGAGGAGACGUUCGCCGACGACCACGAGCAGGAGGCUCUGCUGGACACUCUCAAGCACCUGAACCUGGACCUGCGCACUACGCAAUACCUCGAGCUCGGCAAGCGCUACAGGGCCGACGACAAGGCCAAGAAGGAAGCUGUCAAGAAGGCCAGGGAGGCGGCGGAGGCGGAGGAGGUUGAGGACGAGCCUGCUGCCAGCGCCGCUGGUCCUUCGAAGCGUAUGACGCGCAGAAUGGCCCGGCAGGUUUCCAAGAGCUCGGAUGUUGGCCCUGAAGCUUCUCAGCAAUCGGUUGCCAACCGCGCCAGACGCGCGGGUCAGGAUCUGAGAUUCCGCGAGGAGGACGAUGCUCUCGUUGUUGAGGGCGACGAGGAGGGCGACGCGCUUGUCAUCCGGGACGAUGAGGAGGAGGAUGACUACUAGAUCCUGGGCAAAGACUGGAAGGCAGCGCCUUGGGUUCUGGGCAUGAGAAUGACAAUGCUGA